AUGAGGCUGUACUUUCAGAGUUCAAACUCUCGCCGAACAGUGCUUCGCACCAGCAAACCCGCCCGGGUUUAUCCAAUUGAUGGUGCUGGCGGAGAACUGACGGGAGCAGUUUCGCCAUGCACCGCACCACCAUCCUCCACGUGCCUCCCAUGCUCACCGAAUCACCCUGCACUCAGCUCAUAUACCCCCCGCCCUCAACCCUUCUCCCCUUCUUCAUCUCCGUUAUCAUCAGAGAAAACACCCAAGAACGACGCCGCUUAUACACUCCCCAUGAUAAGCCCUCCAUCCUCACCGCCAUGGGAAGCCCUUCUCCUCGUCGCUCACCACCUUGAUCCCAAAACCCUUGCCAUUGCCUCCUGCGUUUCCAAAUUAUGGUCCAUUUCAAUGUCCUCCGACCAUCUCUGGAGACCCAUCUUCAUCUCCCACUUCCCCUCUCUCUCCACCCUUCAACACGCUCACCCCACCGUCUCCUUCCGCCGCCUCUUCGCCAUAGGCCGUGCCGCCUCCAAGCGCCGCCUUCAGAACCCUGCGAAACCCAAGCUUUCCCUCAAUGACCUCCUCUUCGUCAUCUCCGUCUCCACACCAGAGUGCCGUGUCUUUACAUUGAUGGUCCCCGGCGACGAGAUGGUCGCCGAUCCACACGGCUUGUUCCGAUUUGAUUUUGAGAUCUGCGAAAGCGAGUGGGUAAGGGAGGGUCUGGAAGAAGUGAAGGUCACUUGGAAUGUGAUAUUGGAAGGGUGGAAAGAGGUAUUCUGCAUGAUGGAUAGCGUCGGGAAGUUGGGGUUUCAGGCGGGUGGCGACUGUUGGUUUUCGGUGGAGCUUCCGACUCCGGGAUGUUGUUCAAAUGUGGUGGCGAGCUCUGUGGUGGCGGAUUUAAAAUUAGGGAUUUGCAGUGGGAAGGAGAGAGAUGGGAAGGUGAGAACGAAGAAGGUGACUGUGGGGAUUUUGAACAUUAUGGAUUGGAGAUAUGUACGCGUUGAGGAUGGCCUCAGGUAUCUGCAGCAUUUUCUUAACUGUGAUUCGUAACGUUUGUCAUUGUGUAACUUGAGGAAAUGGUCUCAGGCGCGCCCUUACAAAGCUCAAGUCUUAACCUUUGAGCCCAAUCACUGGUGAAAAAAAAAAAAAGCUUAUCGAGCUCAAUCAAUGUUUGAACUCUUGUUCAUCUUGGAAGCCCGUGUUCAUCUUCUCUUUUCCUCUCCUUCUUCAAUAUAGGUUCGUGCAAGUUUGAAGUCUUUUAUAAUAGUUUUUGGGCCUGAGAACCUUCUUAUAGUUGUUCGCAGGACUUCUCUUGUUGUGUAUCUUUUGUUGUGGCCCCGUUAGUCGUUCACUUUUUCGUACUUCCAAAAAGUAAUCACUGAUCAGCAUUGCAAAUGUUCGUAGAUAGCCCAAUUGGGUAAUCUUGUAUUGUAGGCCAGUAGACAGUAGUUUUGUUGAUUUCUUCUGUGUACUCGGGGCCGCGCGCUUGUGUAUAAAGCGAAUUGGAUAAUAUCAUCGCCAUCGU